CCUCACUUUUGCUCUUUUUGUUAAACAUGAAUCUUCUCUCCCGUUUUCCAUUUUCACAGCCAUGUUGUGGAGGCUGAUAUGGAGACCCCUCCUGUAUGGUCUCAUGCUGCUGCUUUCCCGCUCCACACACCUCUUCUGUUUCCAUGUUCCUACCCAGGCAGCUGCAGGCUCGAGGCAGAGCUGAAGCCGAGGCUCUGCCCCAUCUGCAGCAGGCAAACACGGACUUUGUUCUCCAGCACCGAGCUCCAAACGAUCGCCUGGCGGAAAUCUGCUCCAUUUCUGUUCCAUUUGGAGCUGCCGCUCGCUCUCUGCUGCUGCAAGACACAUCACUGCAGGAUCACCCCCAGCUCUGCCAGCACUCCUGGAAUGCCAAGAGAUCCUGCCUGCAACCCCACUAACAAUUUUCCGGAGACCCCCGCAGAACGUCCACCGAAUUAAACCUUCCCGCACGGAGCUCCGCCGUCGAUCUCGGCAACAAAGGCGAGCAGCAGGCGCAGCAAAGGGUUAACUCCGGCUGUUCGCGUUUCUGCCUUCCCUCUUUCAGGCUGGGUCCCUGCCAGGAGGAAGCAGUUCAAGUUGAAGGCUGGUGGUGCGUGCAGCAGCAUCGGGCGCAUGUCUGCGCUCCCCAGCAGCCGGAGCGGGGAGGGUCUGGCAGGCAGCGAGCGGCCGCCCCGGGAUGGCACAGGGCUCCGAGUGCCGAAACUCCCUCCUCUAUUACUACAGCGUCAAAUUCGCUUUGUCCACCUAUGCCACUCUCUUCUCGAUCAUCGGCCUCGUGAUCCUGUGCAUUGGGAUUUAUGCCGAAGUGGAGAGGCAGAAGCACAAAACCUUGGAAGGGAUGUUCCUCGCUCCAGCCAUCAUCCUGCUUCUGCUGGGCUUCACCAUGUUCAGCGUCUCCUUCGUCGGCAUGGUGGGGAGCCUCAGGGACAACCGGACACUUCUGAAGAUAAAGAAGGUGCUCUGCAAAGUCUCAGAAGGAAUAACCACAUCCCUCUCCAGAUGUCCAAAACCAAAGGAUUGCUUUGCUGCAGACUCCUGUGUGUGUGACCCCACCUCCCCCCUCCCACGUUGUGAUUCACAAAAAGAGAAGUUCUUUUGGGUCCUUCUGGUGAUCUUCAUCACGGAGCUGCUGUUGAUAUUCAUUGAAAUCAUCUUUGAAAACAAGAUGAAUGCAGUUCUGCACUCCAACAUUCAGGAGGGCAUUCGGCACUAUUAUGACGACCUUGACUUCAAGAACAUCUUGGAUUUUGUCCAAGAAAAGUUUUCUUGCUGUGGUGGUGAUGAAUACCGGGACUGGGAGGUCAAUCUGUACCACUCCUGCAAUGGCAGCGGACCGCUUGCAUGCGGUGUGCCCUACACGUGCUGCAUCAGGAAGGUCCCUGGAGAAGUCAUUAACACCCUGUGUGGCUACAGGACACUCGAGAAAGAGCGCCUGGAGCUGCUCGAUGUCAUCCACGUGCGAGGCUGCAUCCACGCUGUGGGGCUGUGGCUGAAAGAUAACUUUGAGUCCACUUUGAGCAUUGUUUGCUCCCUGCUGCUUCCCCAGGUGGUCGGCCUGGUGAUGGCGUGGCUGUAUUGGCAGAAGCUCAAUGAGAUUUACUCUCAGCUGGACACCGUGGACUUCAGGAUGCUGGAGGUGCGCGAUUUCAGCUUCGGGGCAUUGGAUCUGAGCGGUGCGGGCUGGUGCUGGUGCUUGCCCAAGGAAGGAGGAUACAUCCCCAUCAAUGCCAUGGAGGAGGGAGAGGAGGAAGAAGAGGAGGAAGGCUUGUCUGUUACAGCCAAAAGUGAGGAGCUGGAGGGCUGAAAGCAGCGGUG